AUGGGUUCCAACAAGAUCUGGCUCCGGGCUGAGACUAAGCCCGCAGAAGCGCGCUCUGCUUUGACUCCUACCACUUGCAAGGCUCUUAUUGAUGCUGGAUACGAGGUGACUGUUGAGCGCUCUACCCAGCGUAUUUUCGAUGAUGAGGAAUUUACCAAGAUCGGCGCCCCUCUCGUUGAGGAGGGUUCCUGGGUGAAGGAUGCUCCCAAGGACGCAUACAUCCUGGGUCUCAAGGAGCUCCCCGAGGACGACUUCCCGCUCGAGCACGUUCAUAUCUCCUUUGCACACUGCUACAAGGGCCAGGGUGGCUGGGAGCAGGUUCUGAGCCGGUGGCCCCGCGGUGGUGGUACUCUUCUGGACCUGGAGUUCCUUACCGAUGAUGUUGGUCGACGAGUUGCUGCUUUUGGUUUCUCUGCUGGUUAUGCCGGUGCCGCUUUGGCUGUCAAGAACUGGGCCUGGCAAUUGACGCAUCCUGAGGGCGAGCCUCUUACUGGCGAGACCCCUUAUGCGAACCAGGACCUUCUUAUUGAGUCUGUUAAGGCAUCGCUUCAGGCUGGCCAGAAGCAGUCCGGCACGUCGCCGAAGAUUCUGGUCAUUGGUGCUCUCGGGCGUUGCGGCAAGGGUGCUGUCCAAUUGGCCAAGGAUGUUGGUAUCCCCGACACCGACAUCAUCAAGUGGGAUAUGGAGGAGACCAAGAAGGGUGGCCCCUUCAAGGAGAUUGUUGAAGACUCUGAUAUCUUCGUGAACUGCAUUUACCUGUCCUCCAAGAUUCCUCACUUUGUCAACGUUGAGAGCCUUGAUACCCCCAAGCGUCGCUUGUCUGUUAUCUGCGACGUUAGCGCUGAUACCACUAACCCCAACAACCCAAUCCCGGUCUACAACAUCACCACCACCUUCGACAAGCCCACAGUACCUGUGACUCUGCCAAGUGGCAGCCAGGGUACGCCUCUCAGCGUGAUCAGCAUUGAUCACCUCCCGUCGCUUCUUCCCCGUGAGAGCUCCGAGAUGUUCAGCGAAGCUCUGAUGCCAAGCUUGCUGCAGCUCAAGGACCGCGAGAAUGCGCGCGUCUGGAAGCAGGCUGAGGAACUCUUCAAUGAGAAGGAAAAACCGACUACGGUCGCCGCAUACGCGGCGGGAGCAUCUCUCGCGGCUGUUGCUCUGUUCUACGUGUUCGGGCCGAAUUACACUAUCGAUGGGGACGAGCUCGGGGGCAGCGGCAAAAAGAGCAUUGUGGGACUCUCGAACCCCGCAAAUGACUGCUUUAUCAACUCCGUGCUCCAGGCGCUUGCCGGGCUGGGUGAUUUGCGACUGUAUUUGAUCCGGGAGCUUCAUCGACGCGAAUUGGAUGGGCCUGAAAUCUACAACCAGUUGCCGGAUGAGCCGGAUGAGGAGCUGCGUGAGAAGAGGCCGGAUCGUGUCCGGGAGCUUCAGCAGGGGACGAUCACGAGGGCGCUGAAGGAGAUGCUGGAUCGGUUGAAUGAGCGGCCGAUUUACAAAAAGACGAUUUCUGCGCGCGGGUUCAUCCAGGCGCUGGAGUAUGCGUAUCGUACGCGGAUUAGUCGGAACCAGCAGGAUGCGCAGGAGUUUUUGCAGAUUGUGGCUGAACGGCUUUCCGACGAGUACCAUGCAGGUGUGAGGGUGCGCCAGAGGGUGCAGAAAUCUCUUGAAUGCCAACCGGACCAGGGCGAAGAUGCCCCAUCUGAGAUUGAAGUGCGAGUCGAUGACGGCACGGAGCAUGGUCUCCCAGCAAUCAUCGACACGAAGCUCAAGGAAAUCGACAAUGAGUAUGGCUUUCCGUUUGAAGGCAAGAUGGAGUCGCAGAUCGAAUGCCAGUCCUGCCGCUACAAGUACAAGCCGAACCAAACCUCGUUUGUCAACUUGACGCUGCAGGUCCCGCAGAAGAGCUCUACCACGCUGAAUGCAUGCUUUGACGGCCUCCUCAAGACCGAAUAUAUCGAAGACUUUCGAUGCGACAAGUGUCGGCUGCUACACGCGGUCGAGGUGAAAACGAGAGGGUUGGCCAAGGCCCGCUCAGAAGCGGACCGACAGUCCUUGCAAGUCGAGAUAGAAAAGAUUCAAACCGCUCUGGCUAGUGAUCCGGAAUCUGCUCUGGAUGGUGUCACGCUGCCACCUGCUGAGCAUGUCCCGAAGAGCCAAAUCGCGCGGCACAUGCGUAUUACUGUAUUCCCCAAAAUCAUCGGCAUCCAUCUCUCACGAUCUAUCUUCGACCACAGCAGCUCUACAAAGAACGCGGCAAAGGUUUCCUUCCCUGAGCGGCUCCCGCUUGGGGGGAUCCUGAACCAGAAGUGGUUCAAACUUCUGGCCAUAGUUUGCCAUAAAGGCAGCCACAACAGCGGACACUACGAAUCAUUCCGACGAAACCACCUAUACCCCCCAUUCUCAACACCGAGCGUAUUCAGCUCCUACGCACAAAGCCGCGCAAACAGCGAAAACCCGUCACGCGUGCAAAGCCCGCGCCUUCCAGCCCGCAGCAACGGCGACAUUGACCUCCCAGCUCUAAAUAUAUCGACACCAGCCUCCACAGGCUCAACAACUUCCCUCUCCCCCUCCGAGCCCUCCAGAUCCCCAUCAACAGCCGACCUCCGCGGGAGCCCGCAGCUCAGCACAGGCUCCUACCCAUCCCCGCGCCCAACGACUUCAAGCUCUCGCGUCUCCUUCCAAAGCACGCGUUCUAAAUCCUCUAGCUCCGGCCAGCAGAACCUCUCACCUACAUCUGCGCCGCGCGGUUCAUCACUUGAAACAACGCGCCUGGACAGUCCUGCGUCCCGCUCGUCUCUUGCAGAACGCAACGCAUCAGCGACAGACACGGAAAUAAGCACAGGUGCGAAAGUUGCGUCGAAGUUCCGCCGCCGCCGUAAACAGGUUGAUCGGUGGUGGAGGAUCUCGGAUGAGAAGAUCAAGGAGUGUAAGACUUCUGAUGUGCUGGGCAUGCAGAAGGAGGUGUAUCUUUUGUUCUAUGAGAUGGAGAAGACGGCUGCUUGA